AUGAAAUUGGCGACGGGGGGGUACAAGUGGGCUAACAAUACAAAAAAUUCCUUGAUUGCCAGACGUCUUCCAAUUGCAGUUGCCCCGAUGCCCUCGAUAAAAGACUUUGACGACGCCGUCAACACCGCCCGCGGCUACUACGACCGGUACGGGAACUACCACCGCAGCUCGUGGGACCGCUACCGGUGGCUCCUCUGGCUCUUGUUGUUGAUUCCUCUUUUCUUCAUCCUUUGGGGGAUCAUCCGUCGCCAGAGAUCUGGCAAGGUCGUCACGUUGAACCAGGGCUUCUGGAGACCCGGCCAUAACCAGGCUCAGCCUCAGUACAACAAUAACCAGCAGUACAACAAUCAGGCCCAAUACGACAACCAGUACUCGCAACCGGCGCCAGCCUACAACAACCAAGGCGACUACAGUGCUGGUUACCAGGAAGGUUACCAGAGCUAUACUCAGGGUCGUGCAGACGGCCACAAGGCUUACGACAACGACAUUCACCCUCCCGCGGGGCCUCCUCCUGACGACUACUAUGCGCCGCCGCCGGGUCCUCCUCCUGCCGCCACCAAGUCGUAA